AUUUUGCAUUCCAUUACUCUCAACCACACAUCACAAAACAAAACACGAACCAAACAAAAUCUCAAUUUUUUUUCAUCUUUGUUCUAUCUCCAAACCAAAACCUUGUGUUCUCCGAAAACCUUUGUACCUCUGAGUUUUAAGAUUUUUCUUUGAAUGACAAACUCAAAAGGUGGAAACAUGUUAGUAGAGAGAAAAACCAGUAAUAAUAAUAAAACCAGCGAGAAAAUACACAGAGCAAAAUUCGGAGCGUUUCUUCACUCAGAACCGGCGUCGUUUUACACCAACAGCGACGAUGGUCAAGGACGUAUCAGCAACGUCUCCGCCGCGAGUCCUCGAACAUACAACGGCGACUGCAGCACACCUACCAGCAGCAGCAACAAUGCUUCCCCUAGUUACAUGUUGUCUCCAUGGAACCAAGAGCAUAACUCUCCUCUCAACAAAUCUCCAUGGCAAAUGCCAUCCUCAGAAGCAAUCAACCUCUUCCACGAUCACCACCACCACCAAAACAAUAACAACGGCGACGAUGACGCAUACUACCAGGAAAACGGCCUCAUCGGGUCACUUGUACGCGAAGAAGGCCACAUCUAUUCGUUAGCUCUUUCCGGUGACUUGUUAUACACCGGUUCCGAUAGCAAAAACAUAAGGGUGUGGAAAGAUCUUAAAGACUACACCGGUUUCAAAUCCAACAGCGGUUUGGUUAAAACCAUAGUAAUCUCUGAAGGUAACAUCUUCACGGGUCAUCAAGAUGGAAAAAUCAGAGUUUGGAAAAAUUCAUCAAAAAAUUCUAAAAUACACAAGCGCGUUGGAAGCUUGCCAACUUUCAAAGACUAUGUCAAAAGUUCAAUGAAUCCUAAGAACUACGUUGAAGUCCGGCGACGGAGAAACACCGUGAAGGUAAAGCAUUUUGACGCCAUUUCGAGUCUGAGUUUGAAUCAAGAACAAGGGUUGUUGUAUUCCGCUUCAUGGGAUAAAUCGUUCAAAGUUUGGCGCGUGGGGGAUUUCAAGUGCUUAGAAUCAAUUAACGCUCACGACGACGCGGUGAAUGCGGUGGUUGCCGCAUUUCAAAGCUAUGUUUUCACCGGCUCCGCCGACGGAACGGUCAAGAUGUGGAAGAGAGAAACCGACGGAAAAGGAAAGAAAACGAAGCACGUAUUGGAUAGAAUAUUGCUGAAGCAAGAGAUCGCCGUGACGGCUUUAACGGUAAACCGUUUAUCGACGGUUAUUUACUGCGGUUCAUCGGACGGGUUGGUUAACUUCUGGGAGUAUCAUCAGAAGAAUAAUCUCACUCACGGCGGCGUUUUAAAGGGACACAAACUCGCCGUCCUGUGUCUCGCCGCCGCAAACAAUCUCCUGUUUAGCGGUUCCGCAGAUAAGAAUGUUUGCGUGUGGAAACGUGAGCAGAGUGGGGCUCACACAUGUCUUUCUGUUUUGACAGGACACACUGGUCCUGUCAAAUGCAUCGCCGUGGAAGAACACGAGGAGCAAGAUCGGUGUGUUAUUGAGAAGAGUGAUCAACGGUGGAUAGUUUACACCGGAAGCUUAGAUAAGUCAGUAAAGGUCUGGCGCGUGUCUGAACACGCGCCUGAUCUGAGAUUGAUGCAAGAAUGGACAUCUCCUAUUGCACCUAAGGGAUAUGAUUCCCCUGCCAUAGGAUUGAGCAAAAAUAGGAAAAUUUAGAUUUUUUUUUUAAUUUUAAUUAUUAUUUUCUUGUGGAUGAUGAAAGUUAAGGUUGAGAAAGAUUGAUGUGUGGAAUGUCGACAGAGAAUAGUAGUAUUAUUGAAUGUAUGUACAUACAAAAAAAACCUGAUGAUGAUAAUAAAAGAGUAAAGUGGGAAUUGAAUGAAUGGGUGGUGUGUGGGGCCAUUGAAAAUGGACUAUUGGGUGUGGUUGCUUGUAGAUGAAGAAAUUGAAGGGACCAAAUAGUUUCCUUUGGAGAAAGGAAGUACGUAGUGUUUGAAAUCGAAGAUUGUUUGUUUGGUUGUGCUGAGGGAGAUGGGUUGGACAGUUGGUUAUGGUCGCCGGCAUGCCGUUAAUGGGAGGGAGUAAUGGUGGCCUUGAUCUGUUACAGGACAGUUUACACGUAGUUGAUAUGGGACAAAAGCUUCGUUUUCAGUAACGGUGAAAGAGCAAGAGGGACAGUGACUAUUUUGUUUGUUUUUAGUUGUUGAAAGGAAUAUUGUAAGGUUACCUUAAAUUUGUGUUUUGAUUGUGGUUUUGAGGUAAUGUGGUCAUGUCAAUAUUCAGGGUUCCCGUUUGUUCGGGGUAUUUGGGAGGGAAGGAUUAAUUAGAGAUUCUAAAUGUAGGUUGAUCUUUAGGUUUUCUUUGUCUUGCAUAUGUAUAUAUUUUUAGUUAACACUUAGUAGUAUAUAUUUGUUGUAGUUGUUUUGGCUCUA